AGUAAUUUAAUGGUUAUCACUUCUCACUUAUGUGUAAAAGAAGAAAGAAUUAUUACGUGCGUGCAUAACAUUCGCCAUCAAACCACAAUCAAAAGGAGUUUGUUUUCUCUCUCAACUCUCACCCAUAAUUAAUUACAACACAAAUAAUAUAUUGUUAUAUAAAGAAAAAAAAUGUUCAAAAUUCCAACACCACAGAAAUUGUCCUCAGUGACAGCGACAAAAGCAAAAUUGGAAACCACUUGUUUAUUUUUUUUUUCCUAAUUUAUAUUAUUAUUAUUUUUUAAAUAGUGUAUAUUCCAAUCCAAGUAUUAUUUGAUAAUUACACAAUUAUCAAUUUUGGUGGGCUCAUCAACGUGACAUCGGCCAUGCAUUUCAGGGGGUGUACUUGCAUCAAUUACGCCAUACCUAAAAUACCCACUCCUAAAUUAAAUAUAUUUAUUUUAUUUUACUUUAUUAUAUCAAAAUCAGCUUUCUGUCACCUUUGGGCUUUGUCCUUGACCACACCCUAUUUGCUUUAUAAAGUAUUAAAAUUAUUGAAUUCUAUAUUUUUAAUAUUCUAAUAAAGAUAUAUCAGCUAAAAAACAUUUUUCAUUUUACAAAUAUAAUUAUAUAGUAAUUAAUAUCAUAAUUACAUUUUUAGGUACCUAAGCUAGUUCUACUAGAAUAAAAUCAAUUAUUGUAGUCAAUUAUUAUAGAGAUAAUCCACUGGGUUUAGCAAAUUAAAAAUGUCACUGUUAAUUAAUUAAUAUUAUUAGAGUAUUUGUUCUAAUUCUCAAAGCUUUUUUUUAGCAGCCUCUAGAAAAAUAGAUACCAAUAUACUUCCGGCCAGCAUAAUCUAAAAAAUGACGACCAAUUUCACCGCCAGCAAUUCAACCGCUCCGCCGCACGACAAUAACUCCGAUAUGUCACCUCUGAACGCCGUCCUUUGCCUAGUGGCGGUCAUCACGAUACCGAUAAUAUCCUACACACUCUUCGUGGCAAUAAAAUGCCCUCGAAACCCCUGCUUCUGGUGGAGGAGCUCCGCCGCCGCACCGACGGCGGAUCUGACCUGUAAGGCCGAUAGACUGGAAUUAGUCCGCGGCGGAAGCAGUUGCGAUGACCAGUGCCCCGUGUGCUUGUCGGCGUUCGCACAAGGGGAAGAGAUACGCCUGCUGGGCGCGUGUAAGCACGCGUUCCACGCCGCGUGCAUCGAUAUGUGGCUGCACUCUCAUUCGAGCUGCCCGGUCUGCCGCGCCGCCGUUCCGGUUAAGCGGUCGAAACGGGGUUCGGUUGUUGGUCGGGAAGAUGAUGAUUUCCGGCAAGGCUUGCCGGAUUCUGCUAAUUUAAUUUGAUUUUCACUCUAUAUAUAUUCCAUUAAUAGUUAUUGUUACUCUUGUAAAAAUUGAUUUAUGUUCUUCGGUUGAUUGAUUGAUUAUAUAUAUAUAUAUAUAUUUUUUAUU